GGGGGUGGUGAGGAUGAGGAUGGAAGGCGGGGAGGACAUGCAGGAUGCCGUGGGGCUAAGCUGCACCUGGGGCAUCCCACCACCCUCUGGCACUCAUGCCAAGUGGGUGAGGCUCAAUGUGGGGGGCACAGUCUUCCUCACCACCAGGCAGACCCUGUGUCGGGAGCAGAAAUCUUUCCUGUGUCGCUUGUGCCAGGGCGAGGAGCUGCAGUCGGACCGGGAUGAGACUGGUGCAUACCUAAUAGACCGGGACCCCACUUACUUUGGACCAAUCCUGAAUUUCCUCCGUCAUGGGAAGCUGGUUCUGGAUAAAGAUAUGGCUGAAGAGGGUGUGCUAGAAGAAGCUGAGUUCUAUAACAUUGGUUCUUUAAUCCGAAUAAUCAAGGAUCGACUGGAGGAGAAGGACUACACAGUAACUCAGGUACCUCCUAAGCAUGUCUACCGUGUGCUACAGUGCCAGGAAGAGGAGCUCACUCAGAUGGUUUCCACUAUGUCGGAUGGAUGGCGCUUUGAGCAGCUUGUGAACAUUGGUUCAUCCUAUAACUAUGGGAAUGAGGAUCAGACAGAGUUCCUGUGCGUGGUCUCCAAAGAGCUGUACAACUCCCCCAGUGGCCUGAGCUCUGAGCCCAGCCACAAAGCCAAGAGCACAGAGGAGGACCUGGAGGAGGAAGAGCAGGAGAUGGAGGAGGAGGCAGAGGCAGAAGCAGAAGCAGAGGAGAAAGACUGUACACCUAUUCAGGAUUGUCUGAGCUCCUUCAGACCAUCCUUCCUCCUCCCCUCCGUGUCCAUCCCAGCACUGUCACCUCCCUCCUACCCUGCCACUCUCCAGCAUCCUUCCCUCAGCAUCCUUUGCCUGCCAGGACUCAAAGCGUUCCCUGCUCUGGACCCUGUUUCUCUUUGCUCCUCACUUUUCCUCCUCUGCAGGUAUGUUACCUGUCUGCACUCUCAGCUCCCGCCAGCCUGAGCUCUGCAUGAGUGACUCACUUCCCUCCUGUGGCUGUUACAAGCCAGAGGUCUGAGGAUGUGAUCCCGACACUGCACUCCAGCCUUUUCAUUUCUUGUUUAUAUCUUUAUUUUUGUACUGCGGCAUACGGUGACCCUUUGCCACAUGGUGACACCCUCCCCCCCCCCCCCCGUCUCCUUCACUAUGUUUUACAAACUGACCUCGGAGACCUCAGCCUCCAUCCCUGGAGGAAGGCAGAUGCUGCAUGAAGCCCCAUGGCUGCUGGAGCGGCUUGGAGCCCAGACCCCCCCUCACCGCCCCGAUGCUUAGCAGGCUGGCUAUCCUUAAUGUCACAGUGGCCCCUGCUGGGGACAUCAGUGAUAAGCCACUGCAGCUUGCGGUCCCUUCCUCAACACCCUGAGUGCAACCGAGGCCCCGAGGUGGUGGCAGCAUCAGAAGUACCCCUUGUCCUUUUGCUGUUGCAGGUCAGGGCUUGUGGCCAGAGGGCAAGUGCAGAGACACUGCUCUUUUCUGUGCCACCUGCACUGCUCGUGGGGUGUCCCUGUGCUGGGCAUUGCAUCCUUGGUGCCUCCCUGCCUGUCUCCCAGAGCAGCCCUGUGUUGGCAGGGUAAGGAGAUGGAUGUGUACCCAGAACAUGCUGGCACCUGAUGUGGUGAUCCCUGUCUUGAGGAGCGGGGUGUUGGCCUCACUGCUGUGCCUGAGAACACCAGGUUGUAACUCCCAAAUAAAAUUCACACUCUGUUC